CUCUGAUUAGUAUCAGUGCAUCAGUCAAAAACAAAAAUUCCGUGAGAGUACAAGUUAUAUCAACAAAAGCGGUUACUCGAAAUUUAGCGGAUGAAGAGGAAUGAAGCAGAUCCACUUAAAAUUUUUUCAAGCAGUGAAAAAGUCGGCUUGUGAAAAUUUAAAACCAGUCAAAUAGUGGAAAUAUUUAAGAAGUGCAUAAAAAUUAAAUGUAAAAGUGCAUGAAUUGGUGGAACGUAGAAUAUCGAAUUUAAAUGUCGGUCGGAAAAGUGCAUGAAAAAAAAAAAAACAAAUUAAUGCAAGAGUAGCUGCAAUGUGAACAAGAAAAAAGUUGGUGGAGCAUAGUAGAAUAGAAGAAAAAGUCUGUGUACUGUAAAAACAAAAGUGCAAUAACGCAAUAAUGAAAUGAAAAAGUGCAUAACAAUUUCAAUAAGCGCUUAGUUUGCGAAUGGAAUUAAAUAAAUUAAUAAAUGUUAAGAGAGAGGUACUUGCAAAUUAUGCGGCAGAGAUGGUUGCUGCAGCAGUAUUACAUUUCGAGACACCGAAAUGGCACAAGAAAAAUCAAUUUUCAGGCGAUCUCCCUACUUCUAACUGUGUCGCCUGUAUGGAACGUCUCCCAUUAGAGAGCGGGGUAUUUAGUAUUGGACCGUACACAGAACGACCUGCGCUUUGCUAAUUACUCAACUACUUUGUAAUCGCAUACGUUCGCCAUCCUGCCUGCCCGUUAUAGCCUGCCUACAAUUACAAGAAAAAUAAACAAACAUAAAACUGAUAUAAAUAGUAGUCAAAUAACUACUCAGCCAACAACAACAACAACAACUACAACCGACUUAGAAGCGCUUCAAUCAAUUCAAUUCAGCCAUCAAUUCAUCUAUUCAUAGCGGCAUGCUAUAGUGCACGCCGAGUACGGACUGUCGUCAUUCGUGGGCAUAUUCAUAGAAAUAUAGCUACGAGUGGCAUCCGCUGAGUGCUUGCUGCUUCUUCUACUCUCUCUUACUACCUUCAUGUUGCAGACCUUUGGCUUUUAUAAUCAUUAGCCAGUUUUUUUUGUGUACGGCUCGUCUUUAAACGUGCAAUGGCAACAUGGAUAACGAACAGCCACAUCAGGAAUUAGUAAAGUGCGUUCUAGUUGGUGAUACUGCCGUGGGGAAAACGCGUUUAAUUUGCGCACGCGCAUGCAAUAAACAUGUUUCGCUGUCACAGCUGCUCUCGACACAUGUGCCCACAGUUUGGGCUAUCGAUCAGUAUCGAAUCUAUAAGGACGUGCUUGAGCGAUCUUGGGAGGUAGUGGAUGGUGUAAAUGUGUCGUUACGACUCUGGGAUACAUUUGGUGACCAUGACAAGGAUCGAAGAUUUGCUUAUGGACGAUCUGAUGUCGUACUUCUAUGCUUCUCUAUUGCCAGCCCCAUAUCGUUGCGCAAUUGUAAAGCCAUGUGGUAUCCAGAGAUACGCCGUUUCUGUCCAGAUGUGCCGGUCAUAUUGGUAGGAUGUAAGAACGAUUUACGCUAUAUGUAUCGUGACGAAACCUAUCUGUCGUACUUUGGCGAACGAAGUACUUUCGUGCGUGCUGCGCUCAAGAGUGAUCUCGUAAUGCCCGAUGAAGCACGUGCCGUUGCAAAGGAGCUAGGCGUAGCCUACUACGAAACCAGCGUAUUCACCUACUUCGGAGUGAAUGAAGUAUUCGAGAAUGCCAUACGUUCGGCGUUGAUUGCACGCCGACAGCAACGUUUCUGGAUGACGAAUUUGAAAAAAGUGCAAAAACCGUUGCUGCAGGCACCAUUCCGACCGCCCAAACCGCCACCACCAGAAGUCACCGUAGUGGUGGGCAAUUACAGACAAGACAUGUACAACAUGUUAAUUUCGCAAACCCACACGGAUCUCAUACUGGUGGUGGGUACGAGUAAAUUUCCGGUGCAUCGGUUUAUGUUAGCGGCUGCGUCGAACGUCUUUUAUCGGCUAUUGAAUACGGAGCUAACGGAUAUGGGUGGAAGGAGUAGUAGUGAGUCGAGUAUGGUGAGUGUGAGUUCCACAUUUGGCGAAGCGACCACGGCGGAUUUUAAUGACGAUACUGAGUGCUUGAUACGGCACGAAUCACGUACCCAGAGAAUGUGGGAACAGCUGAAGCGUCGUUCCAGCUAUCAGGCCUUACCGCUAAUCGAAACCAAAAAGCCCAGUGAUCUCUAUAAGGACCUGCAUCAUCCCAUUUUCCAAAAUAUGCGCUUAGUGCAGAUCGAAAAUAUGCGUGGCAUUAAUGUAACACAAACGAUUGUCACACUGACAAAGCUCAUAACACCGCAAGCGCUGCAACAGUGUCUGCAAUUCAUAUAUACCGGCACAAUUGAAAGAGAAUUUCACAAUUUGCAGGAAAUUAAACAAGCUGCUGAUUUCUUAGAACUGCCUCAAUUGACUUUAUUACUUUCCAAGCCACAAACUAUUCUAGCCAGUCUAAAUGAUGAACCAAAUCAACAUUUUUGUUUUAGUAUUAAAGAGAAUAUGGAGAAGCAUUGUAUUGGCGAUGGUUGCUUCAGUGAUGUCACCUUCGAGCUGGACGAUGGUCAAAUGAAGGCACAUCGCGCUAUUUUAGUUGCACGCUGUGAUGUUAUGCGCGCCAUGUUGGCUGGAGAUUUUCGUGAGGCGCACUCAAGUGUAAUCGUCUUUCCGGGCGUUACGAUUUAUACGUUUCAUAAGCUGCUCUGCUAUUUGUACACAGAUGAAAUACCUCCAAUUUCCGCAGACAAAUGUUUAAAUCUUUUAGAAUUGGCCAAUCGUUUGUGUUUGCCACGGCUAUUAAACUUGGUAGAAUGUCGUGUCAUUGAAGAUUUGACAAUGAUUUCGCAGAAUGAAACAAAUGAAACGGUCGAUCAUUGUUUAAAGUUACUGGAACCAGUAAAGCUGCACAAUGCUCAUCAAUUGGCCGAAUGGUGUAUGUCAUACCUGUGUGUCAAUUACAAUAUAAUUUGUAAAUUCUCACUCAAAGGCCUCAAAGCGCUGCAUCAGGAUAAUCAAGAGUACUUGCGUGAGCAUCGCUGGCCGCCAGUAUGGUAUUUGAAGGAUUACGAUUACUACCAGCGUUGUAUAAAUGAAAUGAAUAAGGAGCUAAAGAAUUCACGGCGUGAUUCACGUAGUGAUGAUGAAGGUUGCCUCUGCUUUACGGGUGUGUUCUCUUGGAUAUUAGGCAGCAGCAGUGGUGGCAAAUCGAAGCGGGGCAACGAUCCCAAUAGCAAUGGUGGCGGUGGUACCGGUGAGCAUAGCACAACAGAUAAUCAAAUUUUCAACAGCACAGCGAAUUCGAUGAAUCACAUUGACUUGGAGGCGGCUGAGGUGGACUUGAAUCUCUGACAUCCAGCCAUCGGGCAAAGGAGAUCACUGCGUUUCAUUGUGAUUUUGCCCGUGCUGAUUUGUUUUAUUUGUACAAUUUUAAGUAUUUUAAUACUAUUUCAAAUUUAUACAUAACAAUACCAAAAUUGUUAUAUACCGAAUGCAGAGUAUGCUAAUAGCAGCAUAAGGUACGGAAACCAGCAGCAGCAGCAAGAGCAAUUCGUCAGCGUGCAGCAAAGGGCGCAACAGCAUACAGAGCAAGGGCAGAAGCAACUGCAAAAUGCAAAAACAGAAGCAGUCAAAAACGAAAAAAUAUGACCAAAAUAUGUAAUUAAACAAGAGCAAGAGCAAGUAAUAAUAACAUUUGCAAAAUAUAAUUCAAGCCUAAACCGUUCAGAUAAAUAAAAAACAAAAACCAAUAAAACCAAGUCGAGCAGUCGUACGUUAUCAAAUUUUUGAAUAAGAUGCAACCACAUUCAAUUUACACACUGACAAAAAUCUUUUUAAAGCUAUGCGCUGAUUAGCAGCUGAUACCAAAUAAUCUUCUCAAAAUGUAUACAAUAUUUAAAUCAAUUACCAAAAACACCAGCAAACUAUGAGCAAUAUAAAUGUCUACAAAAAGGAAAUAAUACAAGCAUACGCAUACAUUCGCAAAACUUAAACCAGCAAUAGUUCAAUUCUGAGUGUAACCCAGUAAGAAUAGCAAAAAAUGGGAAUAUGAAAAGCGCUAUAAAUAGGGAAACUAUUGUCUAGCCAUUAGCCAUGUAAGCGAUACACAAAUAUCUAACCGAGGAAGAUAAUAAAUACUUGAAUGCAUAUAUAAAAGUAUUUGAGAAAAAAACAGUACUAAUUGUAAUUGUAAUCCAUAACGUAGCAACUAAAAAUGGCAAAACCAAAAAAAAUGCAAAAAAAAAGAAACAGAAAACUAAUUUUAGUGCCAGCUAGCCUAAUAUAUAUUAAAACGGAGCAAUUCUCUACUUUAGAUGCCAGAAAAUAGGUACAAUAAAAAUAUGUAAGCAAACAUUUUUAUUAUAACUUAAAAAUUCAUAUGUUAGGGGUUUCCUUAGUUAUAAGCGCUGCUAAGCGAUAAGUUUGGUGAAAUAAUCGAAAAGGAACACAAAUGCCGUGUGAUAUAACAUAUGCACAAAAUAGAUCAAUUUAAAAAAAAAAAAAAAAAUUUCGCUUCGCUAAAGAACUCUUAAUAAAUAAUAUACCCGAAACUCGUCAACAUCAGGAGCAUUGUGAUCCAUAGGUAUCUAUUUAUAUAAAAAAAUGUUUUGAUUUUGUAACGAAUAUAUUUCUUGAGAGGCAUUAGCCACCUUUUCAACUCGCUUAAAUAGCUCUGAAUAAGUUAAAAUAAGCAACUCAGCAAAUACAAAUGGGAAAUAUUGUAAUUUCAACGAAAGUCAGAGCGUGCUACCAGAUCGACCAAGGCUACGGCCAAAUUUUAUAUUACAGCAGUAGGGUUCUCCAGAAAUAUUUGAAAACGCACUAAUAAGCUCUACAACAAUAAUAAGUACGAGUGUACGAAUUAAAUAUUUCCUUAACCCUCCGUUGGACACCUUUUUUAAAACCUUCGAUUGAGCACCCGGGUCUGGUUUUUUUUCGUCCUGUCCGAGUAUCCUUUUUAAAAGGUCAUAUCCUUAAAUCGAUUGAAAAUUAAAUUUUAGGAAGCUACCUGGAAGCUCAUGUCGUUAGUUAUUAUAGAAAUAUGUUAAAUUCACUACAAAAGUUCGGCCAGACUCGGGUGCCCAACGUAGGUUUAAAUAAGUAGUGAACGCAUGCACUUACUAAGGAUAACCAAAGCACUAACAGAACACCGGACUAUCAGCCAUUUUGCCGUCAAGUUCGGAAGAUCGAAAAAAAGGAAAGAGUCAUAUGUCCAUGCGAAUACCUUGCACUUUGCAGAAUACGUCUUAAAUUCCUUGGGAACAAUUGCGGCCGCCGUAGCCGAAUGGGUUGGUGCGUGACUACCAUUCGGAAUUCAGAGAUAAUGUAGGUUCGAAACUCGGUGAAACACCAAAAUGAAGAAAAACAUUUUUCUAAUAGCAGUCGCCCCUCGACAGGCAAUGACAAACCUCCGAGUGUAUUUUUGCCAUGAAAAAGCUCCUCAUAAAAAAUAUUUGCCGUUCGUAGUCGACUUAAAACUGUAGGUCCCUCCAUUUUUGGAACAACUUGCGGCAUUUAAACCGUUUCAAUACAUUUCCUUUGGAGGGGCUGAUUGGACUUACCAAAAGUUCGGAAUGGUUCAUGGUCCUAUAAUAAAACAACUAGAGAAAUAUUGCCGUUUCAACUCAGUUCUUUUGGAAGGGCUAAUUGGACUUAUCAAAAGUUCGGCAUGGUUCAAGAACCUGUAGUGAAAGGACUAGAAAAAUAUUUUCUGUGCGUCAUCAUUGGCUCCUGUGGCCACCGAGCGAACUCUUUUUUUCUUUUUGAGAGCAGCCAGUCUAACCUAACCUAAUGUAUGUUAGACAAAAUCUCUACUAGCUUUUGGACUAAAUUAAACUAAUCUUCAUAUAUUCACAGUACUCGUGCUUCUUGCAUACGUCGCUUAUUUUUAGGUGUACUACAUAUUUAUUACUUCAUACAACAACAAUUUUAUAGAUUAAUUUUUAGCGAAGCAAUUUUCACAAUCCGACUAGAUAAAUAAGUUCGAUUAAUGGGUUUAUUAAGACAGUUGCAAAGGCACCUAUGUACUUUUAGUUUGUGCUCUUGAGGUUUACCUCCUUGCUUUUGUUAAAAAUGGGCUCAAAUCUCAAGAAGUAGGCCUAUAUUCAGCUGCAUUGACUGAGUUGGAGUUCUACUCCAUUAAGCACGCCCAUCGAAAUGAAAUAAGGUUUAGUUCCCAAGAACAGCUGCAAAAGUUAUCCAAGUUAUUGAUUGCGUCUCGUUAAAAGUUAUUUCAAAACUGCUAUGAGUAGAACAUUGAACGGCUUAAAUAUUUUAAAUAAUUUGUAAGGAAGUUACUUAAAACGGCUAUUAUGUUUUAUUGUUGUUGUAACGGUGUAAAACAUUUCACAAAAAUUAUUGGAAAAGGCUAAGGCUACGGACUCGAGCGAUUUUUGUGAAAGCCUGUAAUGCCAAGUUGAAGUCUGUAUGUUACCAUCCACAAUCUACUGGGUCUCAGGGGAAAUAAUACUUGUUGUACCACUUGUUUCGAACACCAGAGGGUUAUUAUAAUAUCUCUCCGUAAUAUGGGAUUCACUACUAUGAAUGGGUGUAACCUACAUAGAGACAAACAACAAUAUAAUGACACGUCGCUGUAAUGGACUCACAAGCGCUCACCUAGGGAAAACUUAUUUCCUACUUGUGGACAUGCAACAUAAUUUUUUUAUCAAGCCAAACUCUUUUUGAAUUUUAUUAAUAAUCUUUCAAUUCAAUAGCCUCUGUCUUAAAUUCUAGUUAAUCGAAUGCCUAACCUUCUGAUCCCUGGUUUUCUCCCAACGGCUCUGAAUGCGAUAGGUAUAAGCAACUCGUUUUAUUGCCCUUGUGGUUGGCUAUCGAGCUGAGAGCCUUAGGUCUAAAAUUGUAUUGCAGACUAUAGUAGUAUGCGGCGGAAAACAUGUUUUUGACGGUAACACCUAAACCUAAUAACUCCUAUUAUUACUGAUCUUCCGUUGUAUAAUUUUAUUCACCUAGGGCUCGAAAUAUAUGCCCUUUAUAGCAAAGAAGUAUCCACAAAAUGUGUAAAAUAAGCGACACAUCUUCUCCGUGAUGUUGGAAGCACAAGGCGAAGUUGCCGGAACCUCGUCAAUCUGCCCAAAGAAAAAUUUGAAACAACUUAUGCCUAUUUAGUAAUAUGAAAAAUGUGUAAUAAGAAAAAUGUGUGAAACACAAAAUAUGCGAAAAUAAUGCAAAUUUUAACCAAACAAAGUAGAUAAUUUGAAAGAUAACGUCUACGUAAGUUAAAUUAAAAGUAACAAAGAAAACAAAUGAAUACAGAUAGACUGGGUAAAGCAAAAUAAAAUAUAUUUUAAAGGAAAGUAAGUAAGAAAUAGAAUAAAAAAAAUAAUAUUAAAACGAAAUAACUCAAAUUAAAAUAAAAUGAAAUAAGAAUAAAAUGAAAAGAAAAAAAAGAAAAUUUAAUUUAAUUUAGAAAAAUGAAGAAAAUUAAAGGAAAUGAUAUAAAAAAACAAAAUAAUUAUAAAACUUAAAAAGCAAAAUUAAAUUAAAUUGAAUUAAAACUACAAAUAAAAAAAGAAAAGAAAGAAAAUAAAACUAAUUGAAUAAAAUAAAAUACAAGAAAAUAAAACAAAUUACAAAACCAAAAAAACAAAAUACAUUGAAAUGAAGUGUAGUAAAAAUAAAAUAUAUAAAAAAAUACAAUAAAUAAAUAAAACAAAUCAAAAGAAAUGAAGUGAAAUAAAUAAACUGAAACAAAUUAUGAAAUAUAAAACAAAUAUAAAAAUAAAAUGAAAUGAAAUAAAAUAAAUAAAUUGGAAUGAAGUGAAAUAAUAACAACUAAAUUUAAUUUUAAAAAGUUAAGUAAAAAGAUAAAGGUAUUAAAAUAAAGUCAUAAGAAAUGAAGUGUAAUAGAAAAAUAAAAUAAAUUUAUAUUAAAUACAAUAAAAAUAAAUUUAAAAAAAUUGGAACGAAUUAUAAAAAAAUCAAAAAUAAAAUAAAUCAAAAUGGAAGGAAAUAAAAUAAAUUUAAAUUGAGUGAAAUAAAAAAAAUAAAACGAAUUAAAAAAUAGUUUAAAUAAAUAUAAAAUUAAAUAAAACAAACUCUAAAAUAAAAUUUAAUUUAGUUUAAAAAAAGGAAAUGAAAAUUAAAGAAACUAAAAAAAAAAUUAAGUGAAAUAAAAAGUUAAACAAAUUAAAAAAAAACCGCCGCCAGUUAAUGUGAAUUACUCCUUUUUUAGGAUGAAAUAAGCUUAAUAAAAAUAAAAUAAAUUGAAAUGAUAUGAAAUAAUAAAAAUACCCAAAUUAAAAAAAUAAAAUGAAUAAAACUAAAUAAAAUUAAAUUUAAAAAAUUUUAAUUAAAUGAAGUGAAAUAAAUCAAAAUAAAAUGAAAUACAAGAAAAUUAACUACUACAACAACAACAACAAGGAAAUGAAAUAAAAUUUCAUUAAAUGAAGUGAAAUAAAAAAUAAAUAAAAUAAAUUGAAAUGGAUUGAAAUAGUAAAAAACUAAAUAAAGUAAUUAAAUACAGUGUAUUAAAAAAUAAAUAAAAUUAAAAAGUAAAUUAAUUUAAAUAAAGUGAAAAAAAACAAUAAAGUACAUAAAGAAAUUAAAAAUAAAUAAGAUAAAACGAUGUGAAAUUAACUAAAAUAAAGUAAAAUAAAAUACAAUAAAAUUAAAUUAUAUUAAACGAAAUGAAAUAAAAACCUAAAAGAAAUUCAAGUAGAAUAAAAUUUAAUUAAAGCAAAUAAAACAAGGAGGAAUCAAAUAAUAAGAAAUAUACAUUAAAAAAUUAAAUGAACUCCAAUCAAAUCAAAUAAAAGAGAUCAAAGUAAUGAUGUGAUAAGUAUUAAAAUAAAUUAAAUGAAAUAUAUACGCAUGUAAAAGAACGACUCGCUGCUCUGUGCAUAACAGGAGCGAUGAAAACCACUCCAACGGCGGCGCCGGAAAUGAUACUCAGCAUGCCACCUAUUGACCUUAAGGCGGAAAACCUGGCAGCGAAAUCCGCGAGGAGCUUGGUGGCUGCUGAAGUAUUCACCUGCAGAACCUUCGAUCACAGC